CGAUUGUAUAGGAAAAUUAACAAGUAAAAAUACUUAAAUUAUGAUCGUUAGAAAAAAUAUAUUAACAUUUAGUAGUUACUUUUAAAAUUUUGGCGAUGAAUGUUGCAUAAUUUUUCGUUGAAAUUUAAUACAUUGUUCAGUUCCUCGACCCUAACUGUUGUUAUUCAUAAAAUGAAGGCAAGAUGGGUGUUUAUGCUGACGGUGGUGGCGGUGGUGCAUGCGCAGUUCCCUAGCGGCCGCAUCCUGGAGCCCCCCAUACCCUCCCAUUGCGUCAACAGAGUCAUACACGAGAGAUAUUCUGAUAAUAAGGGAUAUUUCUUCUCGUGGCGCGACCCCGCACUCCGCGGCGUGGAGGAGGACUGGCUGAGCGCAAGGAAUUACUGCCGGCAGCGCUGCAUGGACCUCGUUUCCUUGGAGACCAGCGACGAGAACGAGUGGGUUAAAGCGCGCAUUAUUCAAGACAAGGUGAAAUACAUCUGGACGUCGGGCCGCCUAUGUGACUUCAAGGGCUGCAACCGUCCCGACCUUCUCCCCAAUGAGAUCAACGGCUGGUUCUGGACCGCGGAGCUGCAGAAGUUGCCACCCACCACCAACCGGCAGCAGAACGAUUGGUCUGAAGGCGGCGGCAUCGGCAAACCCCAGCCUGAUAACCGGGAACUUCACCAAGGUGGCGCUGCAGAGCACUGUGUGGCCAUACUCAACAACUUCUACAACGACGGUGUACAUUGGCACGACGUGGCCUGCCAUCACCGCAAACCUUUCGUCUGCGAGGAAAAUGACGCUCUCCUCAAAUACGUCCGAUACACGAACCCUAAUUUACGGGUAUAAUUAUUAAAAAAAACAUAUUUAUAAGUACAUAAAAUUUAUUCCCAAAGUUGUAAAUGCUUUGUAUUCAUACAUUUAAAACCAAAAAGAUCUGCAAUGGGAGAGAAAAGGAACAACUAAGCAAAACUACAAACACUGCCAAAUUGGUAAACAUUAUGUUCUGUUUGAAAUACAAUUUUCUACAUUUUCAUGUUAGUUUUAAGUUUUACCUUAUUACAUUUUAUAUUUAUUGCAGUAUUUUAAAACUUUUAAUGCAGUCCACAAUAACAAUGAAUGUUGUGUUUUACUUUAAGUAUUUAUAAUCUUUUAAUAAAGACUGCUAAAUACA